CUCCCCCCGUCCUGUCUGUGCUCGGUUGCGGCACUCGCACAGCACUCACACCUUCCCACCUAGACUCUUCGUCUCAUCUCCUUGUACACCGCGCUCUAGCAAUUGGCAUCGAUAGCCAGCCACGUCGCUCAGGAGAAUUCGUCCCGCGAUUCAUCGGCGAGCUCAGCGCCACUAGAUGCGAAACCCCGCGUCGGCAAGCGAUUCAUUUCUUCUCAUUCGACCGUCUUUCUCAGCCCGCCGCGACUCUUUCUUCGCGUAGCGUCCGCCGACUGCAGCAGUCGGUAGCCGGUAGCCUGCUGCGGGCGACUGGCGGUGAGGGCACCUGGGCGGCGAGGUCGCAGUGUGCGGCGUGGGUGCAGGCGGGAGUGAGCGCGGAGCAGCAGCAGGCGCGGGUGGUGCGUGACUGGCCCGAUGGGGUGGCGGCCAUACUGAGGCCGAGACCGCGCUCCGCCGCGCUCUGAGCGAGUGGCGGCGUCGCGCGCGCGGAGGCAUUGGCGGCGACCGCCAUGCACCGCUCGGGCACGUUCCCCGUCGCCACGCUGGACGGCGACGGCGACUUGAGCCCCUCCCGCGACUUCCCCCGCGACUUCCCCCGCAGCCACAGCAGCACCAGCAGCGGCUUCCCCGCCGCCCUCCGCGGGGCGUACGACGCGCUCGACUUCGACGACCCUCACCGCCUCGCCUCCACCCCCCCGGCCUCCGUGCCGCGCCCGCGCCACCACUCCCCGCGCCACCACCAUCCCCACCAGCAGCAGCACGGCACGAGCGCAACCCGCCAUGUUUCGUACCAGCCGGGCCCCACCUCGUCGCUCCGCCCGCACUCCCAUGCCCUCCGCGACGACGGUGGAGGCGGAGCGGCGCGCAUGGCGCAGGGCGCGCAGCACCAGCGCGGCUACACCUUCGCCGCCGCGCCGAUCCUGUCCCCGCACCGCCCCGGCAGCGGCGACAGCGGUCUCGGCGGGCCCUUGGGGGACUUCUUCACGGACGGGGGUGGGGAGGGCGCGCGCGGCGGAUUGGGGGGGCAUGCGCAAGGGGCGGGGCGGAAUUUGGGCCAUCUGCGCGCGGGGAGCAUGGCGAUAGACGCGGACCGAGGGGGGCUGGGGGAAGGCGGAAGGCGGCAGGAGGGCAGGGGCAGGCUGGGAGGAGGGUUGGGCGUGGGGGUUUCGUUUGAAGGGGGAGCGCGGGGAGUGCAGGGGAGUCUGAGCGGGGGGUUGGGGGGAGGCCCUGGCAUGGGCAUGGGCGGAAGCAGAAGCGGUGGGGGGGCGAGGGUGUGGGCGCGGACGCUGAGCCACCAGGCAGCGGACCUGAGCAGCACUGGCGGGGGAGGUGGGCGGCAUCUGCUGGGGGGCGACUGGCUUGGCUUGGACCGCACUUCUUCAGGCUUCGAUGAUGGCGACAUGGUCGCCACCAAUGCUAUGCUGCCACGUGUCAACAGCCUGGCAGUGAAUGGCAGUCGCUUCCUGGAUUCGGACGACCUGUUGGAUGGUCGGCAGGGGCGGGACGGCGCAGGGCUGGGCGGGGCGUGGGAGAUGGACAUAGGCAUGGAGGGGGGCUUGGGGCUGGGCCGGGAGUAUGGCCGGGAGAAUGGGGGCGUGGGCGGGGCGAUGGGGGGCGAUGGGAGCCAGCUGAAGCGCGUGCUGCGGCUGGUGGAGGCGGCGCAUGGCAACGACGCCGACCUCGUGCACGCCAUCCUGCAGGACGCCCCCUCCCGCACCGCUCUGCUUUCCUCCCUCCACCCAGAUCUUCGUCGCGCUAUCGCUUGAGUCGUCGAUUGGGACGUUGAAGUGGCGGAACACGACAUGCGUGCUGUCGGGGCAAAAGAGUGUGCUGCUAGUAGAAGCCUCCGCGGAAACAGGGGCUGCCGCAGCUGAAGGGGAAGACGGAGUGGGUCUAGGCGUGGAGGCCAUGCUGGAGACGGAAGGGGAAGCUAGAGAAGAGAAUGAGUUCGAA